GUCCUGACGGUCAGCACACCUUCGCAGCUGUGCUGUUGUAUACCCUCCUACAUCGUCGCCGUCCGUUCCGAGGCGUUAGCUACCCCCUUUCAUAAAGCUAUUCCGCUCUUCCCUAUCUUCUCGACAGACCCUAGAAAGCCAUUCCGAGCCAUUCUCUACCUAGCAUACUACUCCACCGAGCUCCAAGCUCAGGAUGAAGCCUGCACGCGAUGCGCGGGGCCGCCGGAUCUCGCUCCUAAACGAUGACGACGGCGACUUGGGCAGCCUCGCUACGGCGGCGUCCCAUCCCUUACCCCCGCUGACGGCAUCGACGCCGAACACUCCGCAGCUGCUCCGGGCGGACUCGUACGGUUACCAAAGUAGCACCGAGCCCCUGUCCCCCAUGACGCCUCUCAGCGAGUCGGCGGCGCGCUUUGCUCCCGCCGUGGCCGACUCCCACUCCGUCUUUGGCGAGUACGGCGCGGAUGCCGCCCCCUACGGCGGCGCGAAGCGGAGGCCCAGCGUGUACAGCGACGGCCGGCCCACCUCGUACGAGAACGACGCCGUCAGCACGGCGGCCGCCACCGAGAAACGCCCGAAGCGGUACCCCUGCCGCUUCCGGGACAGUCUCGGCUGCACCGGCGAGUUCUCCACGUCGGGCCACGCCUCGCGCCACGCCAAGAUUCACACCCAAGAGAAGAGCGUGCCGUGCUCGUUCCCCGGCUGCCCCCGGAAGUUCACCCGCAACGACAACAUGAAGCAGCACCUGGCCACCCACAACAAGGACAAGCCCCGCUCCUCCGCGUCCCGCCGAGCCUCGGCCGGCACCCAGCCGUCACAGCAGCCCCACCAGCAGCCGCAGCAGCAGCCGAAGCGAGACGACGAGCCGUCCCCCAAGCGCCCGAGCCGCAAGCGGUCGGCCGCGGAAGCGGCGGCGGAGGAGCGCCAGCUCGAGCUCAGCCUGCCCAUCCACAGCCGGUCCAUCCUCGGCCGGCCCGGCUCCGAGCCCCCGGGCGUCAGCGGGCUCGACGUGCUGGUGAUGGCGGCCGCCCAGCAGGAGAAGGAGGAGGGGAGAUCAGCUCGCUUGGCGACGCGCACCCGGCCUUUUCAAUGAGACCAACCUCCAAGGUGCUUGGACCCUUUUUUUUCCCUCCCCUCUCUUUUCCUCUCUCUCCCUUCUUUGCUGGCGGCUCUUGGUCCA